AUGUUCCCAUCAGUUCCUCCUACUACCGAUCAACAUCAAUUUCGCAAUCAGAAAAUAUCUACCCGAUUGUUCAUCGUUAUCUUACUACUCUCCUUAACUAUUCUUCUUCUCUACAACUCACUAGUGUCUAUUACAAAAGAGAUCAUCGUCAACACGCCAAUGAUAGAUGAGUAUUCACAGUUAUAUGUCGAACAUGCACGAACAUUGACAUGUCCAUGUACAAAAAUAUCAGUCGAUCAUCACAUAUUCAUCGAUCUCACCUAUACUUUUCAUCAAGUCUGUCAUAGUGCAUUUGUCACAUCGCAUUGGCUCGACUAUCUCAAUGCAGCAUGGGGUUCGCGACGUUUGAACGAGAAUGAUUUUCGCAUCAUAAGUAUAUCACAUUUCCAGUUCUUGUCGGCGCUAUGUGAAUUGGCAAAUCGAACUAUCUCAGAUAGUCUAAUCGAGUUCUAUUCCACCCAAUAUGUUGCUAUGACUCUGACACCACGACAUCUCUUUGAAGUACAAAUGGACUCAUCCAUCGAUCAGUACAUACUAUCGACAACGAACAGUUUCUUACUUUCAAUGCGAAUCGUUCGUGAGAUAGCGUAUGGCAAUUCAUUUCUAUCCACACGAUUCACUAAUGGAUAUUUCCUUGUAAAAGACUAUAAUGACUGGGUAAGAACUGUUGGAAAGGAGUAUGAGAACUGUUCUUGUGACUCAGGCUACGACUGUAGAACAGCAUUAUCAAUCUACAAUCGUCUGGUCACUGGCAUACUAUUCACCGUACCAGGUAUCUAUCAAGGUUGUUAUAUAGUGGAAUCCUUGUUAGAUUCAACAUUGGAAUGUUUCUACAAUCAGUCAUGUUUUGACCAACUGAUUAUUGCAUUGAAUGUGAGUUGGACAUUAAAUGUAUCGAUUCUCAAUGUAUCCUUACCAAGUCGAUUCUUGGUAAAGAGUACAGUCAAAGCGAUGGUAGAUGGGCUGAUGGUCGAAAAGUGGAAUCGAUCAUUGGUGUUUGAGAAGUAUUACGAUGCAUGUCAACCAACAGAAUGUCGAUAUACGAUAACGAGUCGGAAUGAUGUGCUAUAUAUUGUCACAACAUUGCUUGGUCUAGUUGGAGGUUUAGUAUCUGGUCUACAAGUGAUGAUUCCUCGAAUUGUCGCAUUUGUGUAUUAUAUUAUCAGACAACGAAUGAGAGUUUCACCACAGUAA